AUGAUCAUAGAGAUUGACCGGUUGCAGUUUGACUGGGCAUUGAUCACGUCUAUGAUAGAGCGGUGGCGACCGGAGACGCACACGUUUCAUCUACCCAUCGGCGAGGCUACCAUCACACUUGAGGACAUGGAGGUUUUUUUUGAGCUACUUGUUGAUGGUAUACCUGUAACUUACCCGCAUGAUCUUAGAGACUAUAGGGGAGUGGAUUACUUUCAUAUGUUGCAACGACUCAUCAGUUUCCAGCCAGCGGAGCCGAGUGCAUUGAGUAGGGCCAGUCGAUUACAGCUGACGCCCGUUCGGCAACAUUUGGUGGCGAUGGAUGCAGAGAUUACGGAUGACUCACCGCCAGAGGAUAUCGACCGGCACACGAGACUGUUAUUAUUGCUUAUAUUUGGUAGUAUACUGUUCCCAAACACUUCGGGAAACCUAGUUAUCUUAAGAUUUCUACAUCAUGUGGAGCGGUUAUAUGAUUUAUUUGGUUACAGCUGUGGUACAGUUGUUCUAGUUUACCUGUAUAGGAAGAUGUACCGGGCGUGCAUGGGAACCCAGAGAGACGUUGCCAGAUUUUUACCAUUGUUGCAGUUUCAGCCACUGAUUGCUCCGGAUGCACCACCUCCACCGUUUCUCCCUUUAGCUUGGAGGUGGGUUGAUAGGAGAGGCUACGCACGCGAGGUCGAAGCUCGAAAUCAUCUCCAUUAUUACAUGGAUUUGUUGGAUUUACUUGAACUCGCGCAUCGGGAUGAUCAUUACAGGGUUGACCAGACAUACAUGGCAUGGCUAGAGGCCAAGAUUGAGGUUUGGGACCAGAGGUAUGACCUGAUUCCGCCAUACCCUCCACCUGACCGUAUGGAUGGGCAUUAG